AUGACUAUCGCCCCUCGCCCCUUCCAGGCCGACACCCUCGAAUUUACCCCUUUACCAGCCGACUACCAACCUCGUCCGGGACAGGAAAAUGACGGGCGCUACAUGCUUACAGUCCCAUGGAGUCAGGCUAAGGGCUGGGGAACUCCCAAGAUCGCCAUGCGUCGGCCCCUGGAGGUUGACCCAGUGGCGGGCGUCAUGCAGUAUGCCGUGACCUGUUUUGAGGGAAUGAAGUGCUUCAAAACCGACAAUGGAGACCUCCGGUUGUUUAGGCCCAACAAAAACUUUGACAGACUGAAGAGAUCUGCCGAUCGACUGGGUCUCCCGUCCGAUUGGGACAACAAGGAGCUUCUUCAGCUUCUCUCAACGCUUGUGUCAUUGGAGGGCCCCGAUAUCACCACAAAAGACGGCGGCAAUCUUUACAUCAGACCUACUAUCCUUGAGACCUCUGGCGGCUUUGGUGUCAGAGGAGAGGCUCUUGCUCCUGAAGCGCUCCUGUACAUUGUGACCACCCACAACCUGGGUGCCGCGACUUACAACUCGGCCGAGGAAGGGGCUGGUCUGAGACUGGAUGCGCGUACGGAUUACAGGAGGGCGUUCAUCGGGGGUACAGGUAGCUACAAGCUGGGAGCAAACUAUGGUCAGUCAAGCAGCGUUGUCAGUAUUGCCAAGCGACCCAACUACCUCAUGAACUUGUGGUUGCAUGACGACAAGCACCAUUACAUCAGUGAAGCUGGUGGCAUGAACAUCUUCGUCGUCAAAAAGGCUACUGACGGAUUCACUGAAUUUGUCACGAUGGGACUUGAGGAUGGCCUCGUUCUGCCCGGUAUCACAAGAGAGUCUCUCAUUGAGCUCAUCGAGGACCACGCUGCGGGCAGAAAAGACUUCCCUGUUUCCGGUAUGCCCAAGCAAGUCAGGGUUGUUGAGAGAAACAUCACCAUGAAGGAGAUCAUUUCUAGCUUGGAAGAUGGCACUCUUCUGGGUAUGUUUGGAUGCGGCACAGGCGUCUGCGUUGCCGGUGUCGCCGAGAUCACCUAUCAAGAGGCUGACUACAAGAUCCCCUCGAAUCCUCUCAUCAUCCUCAUCCGUGAUGCUUUGACAGGACUGUACAAGGGAAGGAUCCAGCACGACGACUGGAGUUAUCGUGUGCCCCAGGACAUCUAG